AUGGAGGAGGCCAAGAAGACAAGGACUGAAAGCAAAACAGGGAUCAGAGGUUCGAAACCCAGCCCUCUCAAGGUUUCCAAGGACUCUCACAACUGUACAAAGAUUAAACCUGUGAUUAUAUACCUCCGAUCUCCUGAAGUGAUACAUACGCAGCCUAAAGAUUUCAAGGCGGUUGUGCAGCGACUCACAGGCUGCUCUUCCUCAUCUUCUUCUUCUUCUUGUACUCAGCCCAGGGAGGAUUUCACUGCUCUUCAAACAAACCCUAAGGCUUUCUGUCCUUUGGAAAAUAAAGACACCCCUCUGCAACCAGUAUGGCCCAAUGAUUGCCUUUCUCAACUAAUUUCUCCGCCAUGGAAUUCGCUUGGAGAAGAGUUUGAUUUGGACAUGCUUUGGGAUCUGUAG